UAUUAUAUUCUUGAAAGUUGACGUUGACUGCUUUUGCUGUACUACUACUAGUAUAAUCCAACUUCAUGAGUCAGAUUUCUGCUACAAAUAAUCCCAGGAUCUCUUAAGUGGAUUGUGAUUAGUAGCCAAAUAUCAUAACAAAAUGACAAAGGCCUUCUUGAUUGUAGUAAUUACUAUAGUCAUCACUGCUUGCUUUUCUUCCUCAGUUUCUGCCUAUGAUCUUGACCCUCUUCAGGAUCUAUGCGUUGCAGUUCAAGAUUCCAACCAUUCUGUAUUUGUGAAUGGAAAGUUCUGCAAAGACCCAAAGCUAGCCACUGCAAAUGAUUUUUUUGCUUCAGGUUUCAAUGAAAGUGGAAGGCCAACACCAACAAAUCUUGGCUUUGCUGUGAAUAUAUUAAAUGUAGCUCGAAUGCCAGGGCUCAACACUCUUGGUAUUUCCAUUGUUCGUGCUGAUCUUGAACCGUUUGGACUAGUCUCACCUCAUAUUCACCCUCGAGCAACUGAGCUAAUACUCGUAAUGGAAGGGACUAUCUAUGUUGCAUUUGUUGUUCCUGAUCCAGGGAAUCCCUUCAAAUCGAGGCUAUUCGCGAAAAUCUUGAAUCCAGGGGAUGUUUUUGUGAUCCCACAAAGUAUGAUUCACAUUCAAUACAAUUUGGGAACCACCAACGCAACGCAUUUGAGUUGUUUCAACAGCCAAAAUCCUGGAGUGCAUAUGAUUGCUUAUCAACUCUUUGGGUCAAAUCCACCAAUUCUUGAGGAUGUUCUUGUCAAAGGUUUCCAAUUGGAUAAGAAAGUGAUCAAGCAUCUUCGAGCACAGUUCAAAUGGACUGCCUAGUUUUUGAGCAAAUGGUGAAAAUGUUUUAUGAGUUACAACUUUAGCAACUCUCUUGAAUUAAGGAGACGAGUUCUGGUUAGUUCAUAGUUGCUAUUUUAUUUUUUCUUCUGUAACUUGGUUAUGUUCUUUAACAAAAGGAAAUAAAAUUUGGUGAUGUUCUUUUAAAA